AUGGUCCUCACUCAUCCUUCAAUCACAGAUGGCUGGUUCAGGGAAAUUUCGGCUCAAUGGCCAGGGCAGGCGAUGAGCUUAAAAGUCCGAAAGAUCCUCCAUGUUGAGAGAUCCAAAUUCCAAGAUGUGCUUGUGUUCGAGUCAGAGACGUACGGAAACGUCCUCGUUCUCGAUGGUGUUAUUCAAUGUACCGAGCGCGAUGAAUUCUCUUAUCAAGAGAUGAUCGCGCACAUACCACUUGCAUCUCACCCUAACCCUAACAAAGUUCUUGUCAUUGGUGGUGGCGAUGGUGGUGUCGUUCGGGAGGUGCUUAAGCACUCCACUGUCCAGCACGUCGUGUUGUGUGACAUCGAUGAAGCUGUUAUUCGGGUCUCCAAGCAAUAUCUUCCUCAUAUGUCCUCCUUGCUGGAGGAUAAACGAGUCACAGUUCACGUUGAGUCAUAUGAUGUUAUUAUCACCGAUUCGUCCGAUCCCGUUGGUCCUGCCCAGGCUCUUUUCGAAAAACCAUAUUUUCAGCUUCUGCAUGACGCCUUGCGUGACGGAGGCUCUAUAUCGACUCAAGGGGAAUGCCAGUGGCUUCACUUGCCUUUCAUCAAGGAGAUCAACGUUUCCACAAAGACUAUUUUUCCGGUGACUGAGUACGCGUUCACCACCAUUCCCACUUAUCCCUCGGGCCAAAUUGGAUUUGUUGUUGCCACUAAAGAUAAUGCCCGAGACCUUAAAGUCCCAAUCCGAGAUGUACCCAACUGCAGAUACUGGACUCAGGAGGUUCACAAGUCAGCCUUCAUCCUCCCAAAUUCACUCGGAACAAUUCCGAAGAAGAUUCUUCUACUGGGCAGUGGUUUCGUUGCGAAGCCAGCCGCAGAGUACAUCGUGCGUGGACCCAUCAAUCAGCUCACUAUCGCCUGCCGAACUCUUGCUUCAGCAGAAAGCCUCGCCGCGGAUUUGCCUCGCACGACUGCCAUCUCUCUCGAUGUGAAUAACACCAGUGCGCUGGAAGCGGAGGUGGCCAAGUACGACGUUGUGAUAUCACUCAUCCCUUACAUGUACCAUGCUGCCGUCAUCAAAGCCGCUAUCAAGGGUAGGACCCACGUCGUCACCACCAGCUAUGUCAGUCCUGCGAUGCGUGAGCUUGAUGAAGAGGCCAAGAAGGCAGGCGUUGUGGUCAUGAACGAGAUUGGUUUAGACCCUGGUAUCGACCAUUUGUAUGCUGUGAAGACCAUCGAUGAAGUCCACGAGAAGGGGGGCAAGGUUGUGGAGUUCUUGUCCUUCUGUGGCGGCCUUCCUAGUGCGCCCGCUUCUCACAACCCACUGGGUUACAAAUUUUCCUGGUCAUCUCGUGGGGUCUUGUUGGCGCUUCUUAACAAUGCAUCGUUUUAUCAAGAUGGUCAGGUAACCAGAAUCCCUGGCUCCGAGCUCAUGAAGCAUGCCAAACCGUACUACAUUUCCCCAGCGUACGCUUUCACUGUUAUCCGUGGAACUCUACGUUACCAGGGAUUCCCUGAGUUUGUGGCAACGUUAGUCAAGCUUGGUUGGCUUGAUGAUAAGGCUAAGGGUUGGUUGAAGGAUGGUAUUUCCUUUAUGGAGGCCACACAACUCGCGAGCGGUGCGCGAGCGUCGGACGAGUCUGCCCUUGUUGAGCACAUUCGCCAAAUCGUGGGGUUCCCAUCUGAAGCUGAGGCUUCCCGCAUCAUCUCGGGUCUGAGGUGGAUUGGCCUUCUUUCGAGGACGGAGAAGGUCAUUCCAAAAGGAUCCCCUGUUAAUCUUCUCGACACUCUAUGUGGUCGAUUGGAAGGUCUUAUGAAGUUCAAGCCAGGCGAGACGGAUCUGGUCAUGUUACAACACAAAUUUGUUGUUGAAUGGAAGAGUGGAAAGAAGGCAUUUGCAUCCCACCUGCGCACCGAAACUAUCACUUCGACACUGGAAGAGUACGGCUCGCCCCUCAUUGGAGGUGACUCGGCUAUGUCACGGCUCGUUGGCGUUCCCUGCGGUAUUGCCGUCCAGGCUAUCCUUGAUGGUAGUAUCAAUACCCCAGGUAUCCUGGUGCCUUACACGAAAGAAAUAUGCCAUCCUCUGCGUCUGAAAUUGGAGGAAGAAGGCAUCACUAUGAUUGAAUGUGUGUUGUGA